AUGGUUAGUGCCUCGUUCCCGGUCUUCCACCGCGUCAUCACACAGAAGGACAAGCCUAGAUACGAACCUCCUCCGCCGCCCACCACCCGCGUUGGACGUAAGAAGCGCAAGGCUGCUGGCCCGAGUACCGCCGCGAAGCUUCCCGACAUCUAUCCCACGUCGCGAUGUAAGCUACGGUAUCUUCGAAUGCAGCGGGUUCACGACCACUUGCUGCUAGAAGAGGAGUAUGUCGAGAACAUGGAGCGGAUGCGCAAGGCCAAGGCCCAGGCGACUCAGGAUCCGGUCAGCCGAGGCGACUUGGAUGUGAUGGAUCGGAAUGCGGAUGAGAGAAGCCGAGUUGACGACAUGCGAGGCAGCCCGAUGGGGGUUGGCAACCUGGAGGAGUUGAUUGAUGACGAUCAUGCGAUUGUUUCGAGCGCCACAGGGCCCGAGUACUACGUCUCCAUUAUGUCGUUCGUUGACAAAGAUCUCUUGGAGCCGGGCGCGAGCAUUCUUCUGCACCACAAGUCAGUUUCUGUCGUCGGUGUAUUGACUGAGGAAUCCGAUCCCCUUGUUUCAGUGAUGAAGCUGGACAAGGCACCGACUGAGUCGUAUGCCGACAUUGGUGGUCUCGAGUCCCAAAUCCAGGAGGUCCGCGAGGCCGUGGAGUUGCCGUUACUACACCCCGAGCUAUACGAAGAAAUGGGUAUCAAACCACCCAAGGGUGUGAUUCUCUACGGUGCUCCAGGAACUGGAAAAACGCUUCUGGCCAAGGCAGUUGCCAACCAGACUAGCGCCACCUUCCUUCGCAUUGUCGGCAGUGAGCUGAUCCAGAAAUACCUGGGUGACGGCCCGCGCUUGGUCCGUCAGAUCUUUCAAGUCGCUGCCGAACACUCUCCUUCGAUUGUCUUCAUUGACGAAAUUGAUGCCAUUGGAACCAAGCGGUACGAGUCCCAGUCGGGCGGUGAACGAGAGAUCCAGCGAACCAUGCUGGAACUGCUCAACCAGCUGGACGGAUUCGAUGACCGUGGCGAUGUGAAGGUCAUCAUGGCCACCAACAAGAUUGAAACCCUGGACCCUGCUUUGAUCCGACCUGGUCGUAUUGACCGUAAGAUCCUGUUUGAGAACCCGGAUCAAAACACCAAGAAGAAGAUCUUCACCCUGCACACGUCAAAGAUGUCCCUCGGCGACGAUGUGGAUCUGGACGAAUUCAUUAACCAGAAGGACGAUCUCUCGGGUGCGGAUAUCCGAGCGAUCUGUACUGAGGCUGGUCUGAUGGCACUGAGAGAGCGCCGGAUGAGAGUGCAGAUGGACGACUUCCGUGCCGCCCGAGAGCGCAUCAUGAAGACGAAGCAGGAUGGUGGUCCCGUGGAGGGACUGUACUUUUGUGUCACGCAUCUCACGACGCCGAAGUUGGAGACUGUGGAUGACGUUGGUGAUCGUCGUGCAAACACUGCAAACAAGCUCAGGUUGAUCAAGUCCGCGCCGGCUGCAACAUUUGCGUUGUUCAACCUCUUCACAAUGGACGGGUUCGAUGAAGAAGCAUUCAAAAAGUUCUUUCCUUCUAGCUUUGGGAAGCAGGAAAAAGGCGUCGAUGUCGACUCCCAGGUCAAUCGCACCAAGCGAACCGAGGUUUCAGCGCAGCCGAAACCACUCGAGGACGAUGAGCGAGACUUAACCGCCACAGCAUCUGCGCCUACUGGAUCGGAAGAGAACCGAGACGAGGACGAUGACGUCUCAGAUGAUUCGGACGACGAGGACGAGUUUCCCGUAUCGCACGAACUCGUUGUGAAAACACAUGAGCGCGCCGUGACGACCAUGACUGCGGACCCCUCGGGAGCGCGGCUUAUUACAGGCUCUACUGAUUGUACCCUCAAGCUUCAUGACUUUGCUUCAAUGACACCCUCGACCAUCCGCGCAUUCAAGUCCGUUGAUCCAUCGGCCAAGAAGCAAUCGGCGGCGCAGGACACCCACGCCGUUAACUACGCCGCCUUCAACCCACUGUCCCCUAGCCAUGUGCUAGUUGUCUCUGCGACAGCACAGCCCCGUAUACUCAGCCGAGAUGGUGACACGUUGACGGAAUGUGUGAAGGGAGAUAUGUAUUUGCGGGACCUACACAAUACCAAGGGACAUGUUUCGGAGGUGACCAGCGGUGCCUGGUCUCCUUCCGACUAUAACCUUUGCGCAACUGCCGGGAGUGAUAGCACGAUACGCAUCUGGGAUGCCAACGUGGGUCGGUCGCAGAAGGAAGUGAUUGUCCAUAAAUCGAGAGUGGCUGGGUCUGCUGGUCGGACCAAGAUGACUGCUGUCGCAUGGGGCUCUCCGAAACAGGGCGGAGCUGAUGUGCUGGUUGGCGCCGCUCUUGACGGAAGCUUGGUGAUGUGGAGUGGAAAUGGACCUUUCACGCGGCCAAGCGCUGAGGUUCGAGAUGCUCAUAUUCGGGAUACGUGGACCAGCGGGCUGGAUAUCAGCUCGGAUGGCAGACUCGUGGUGAGUCGCGGUGGUGAUGACACUAUCAAACUCUGGGAUACCCGCAAGUUCAAGACCCCGAUCACCACCGUUACACAUCCCUCGACUUCUUUCCGCUUCCCCACCUCUAACAUUAAGUUCUCGCCAACAUCUGCGAAUGUCAUAACGGGCUCGGAAACGGGCCAUCUGCAUAUCCUCAACCCGGCCACGCUGAGACCAGAGCUUGUCACUCCCGUGACGCCAGGGUCGCCAGUGAUCACUGUGCUCUGGCACGAGAAACUCAACCAAAUUCUCACUGGCUCCGCCAAUGCCGAAACCCAUGUCCUCUACAAUCCGACCAUGUCGACGAAAGGUGCCGCCCUGGUCAUGUCCAAAGCACCCAAGCGCCGCCAUGUGGAUGAUAAUGCGGCUCUCACCACAGAUCUGACCCAGGGGCUUUCGGGCGACUCGGUCGUGGUCGGCUCCAACGGCGUCCCGCAUUACAGCUCGGCGACCUGGUCGGCCCGCCAUCCGAAUGUUGGCCUGACAGCCUCUGGACGCUCUCGCGAUCCCCGUCGCCCGCACCAACCGGCACAAACACCCUUUGCCAAGUCUCAGCCAGAUGAGAAGCACAUCCGCGAGAAUAUCCCUCUUAGUUCUAUGCGUGAUGAGGAUCCUCGAGAGGCGCUAUUGAAAUAUGCCGACAAAGCUGAAAAAAACCCUAUAUUCACCAAGGCGUAUAAGGAGACACAGCCCAAGGCAAUCUACGCGGAAGUGAGCGAUGAGGAGGAGGAGCGAGGGCCAGAGAAGAAGAAAGCGAGGCGAUGA